AUGUUAACCAACUUCCUAUUCACAAAGGAUGAAACUAACGAAGCUGUGGGAAAGUUUUGGAAAUCUUUGAAGAAUGCGAAAAUUGAUAAUAAUUUCCUUCGGCUACCCAAUGACGUCUAUUUCUUGGGUGAUGAAAAGCAGGGCAACGUUCUAUACAUCCGUAAAUGUUAUGACCACUUAGCUAAUAUUGUCUUUAAUGAGGAAAUAUUUCGUUGUCGUAUUAGCGGUAAUCCCGGAAUUGGCAAAACUUUUUUCGGAUUUUACCUAUUUUAUUUGCUUUCACAAAAAAAUAAAACCAUUGUGUACUACAAUUUUAGUCAAACUCCAAUUCUCUUCAACGAGCAACAUACCUUCCGCAGUAGUAAUCUCGACGUUUACUUUGAAGAAUACUUGCGCAAUAGAGAUGUCUGGUAUAUUGUAGAUGGUCUACAACCACGCCAAGUUAAAGCUAAGACGAUCCUUCUCUGUUCUCCUCAAAAACGACAUUACAAUGAAUUUGAUAAGUUUGUGGGAACAACAAUACGAUACAUGCCAGUAUGGUCAUGGGACGAAGUCAACGAAUGCAAAAGCGGUAUGUUCUCUCAUCUCGACGAUAACAAGAUCGAGGAUUUAUUCUCAAUUUGGGGAGGGAUUCCUCGAUUCGUUUUAGAAAAAGCUCUAGAUUUCUCUCAGCAACGUCGUCUUGAAGAUGCAAUUGACAGGAGUGAUGAGAGAUUAUUUCAAUUUGUUGGAGAACUUGACCACGACCAAGACACCAGUCAUAAGCUCAUUCAUAUCCACACGAAUCUACCGCGUGAAGAGGGAGAAGAGAACGAAAAGGGUGAAAAUGCUCCCUACAUUCAAAAAUUCAUACGAUUUGCGUCUGAAUGGGUGGCCGAAAAAGUGAUGGGCAAACUCGAAAAUAAUUGUAGUCAACGGUUAAGGAACUUUGUGGUAGCAAGCUAUUCAGAAAAUGAAUACAGUACGCUUCGGGGCAACAUAUUCGAACAGAUUGCACAUAAAAUUAUACAAAAGGGGGGAAUAUUUAAUAUUCGUCCUUUAGAAUCCGACUCCGCAAGUUCUACAAUUGAAAUUCCAGAACGGAUCAAGUUGGUGUUUAAUGACAUUAAUAAGAUCGAGGAGGGCAGGUACUGUAAACCGCGCCAAAGGAAUUUUACAUCCAUUGAUGCAGUUGUUGCACCUGACACACUCUUUCAGAUGACAGUGAGCAAGAAUCAUCCUAUUAAUAUGAAUGGCUUGAAAAAGCUUGCUGAAAAAUUGGGCGGAACGUCGGGAACAAAUCAUAUAUAUUUUUAUUUUGUCUUACCAAAAAAUUUAUACGAUAAUUUCCAAGCACAGCACUUUACUACCGGCAAAACAGUUGCUAAGAAGAUACCAAAUUGGAUUACUAAUCGUGUGAAGCAAUACGCAUUGGAAAUUGACUUGAGUUACCAUAUGAGGUCUAUAAUUAGAAACAGUUAUGCCGGAGUUUCCUUACAUGAUCACAAAAAUUCUGAAUUCAUUUCUUGGACUGCGGAUAUUGUCACAAAACAUAAAAAUGAG